AUGAAAACGUACAAUGACUAUAUUGAGCAAGCGAUGAUCACACUUCAAAACAAAAAGGGCAAAAAGAGAUUUUUGAUGCCGUUUACCAAACAGUGGGACCACGAACGCGAACUCCAGCGAUCAGGGCGUAUCUUCAAAUUUGGCUCCUAUAAAUACUCUGCACGCAACCUAGCAGACCGAGGAGUGCUGGUUCAUUGGAAAGGAUACACUGAGCGUCAAUGGGACCGGGUCGAUCUCACGAUUUCAAGCAACGAGGUUGGGGUCUUCAUGAUCGACGGCAGCAGCGGCAAUAUGAUGGUUCCUGGUGCAAAUGCUCAGGUUCCUCUUGAUGAUUUACUGCAGGCCCAAUUCAACAACACGCAGUUUAUGGACUUUUUUGAAGGACAGUUGCGAGUGAAUGUUAACUUGUUUUUGCAUUUGAUUAUGAAGAAGUUUUAUAACGAAUGA